AUGAAGUCCAACCUAAUGCAUUUGGUCCCCGCAGUGAGCAGGGACACAAUACUCUCCUGGUUUCCCAAACUGCUCUCCUAUUUUCAAUGGUACACACCUGAGGCCUCUUUGCAGUUCAAAGAGCACUUCCAUGCAGAGGUCAGGAGUGCUUGUCAGCAGAGCACUGGCAUGUGCACAGGAGAUUGUCAAUCCAAGUUUAUGCCAACAAAUAUAUUCAUUUACCUACCCGUAGGAGACCGCAUGCAUGUUGGGAAAACCAGCCUUAUCCACAGAUUUUAUAAAGAUAAGUUUGACUGACACUACAAGGCUACUAAUGGAGUGGAUUUUGAAAUUGAAUGUUUUGAAAUAAUUGGAAUAUCACCUACUGUCCAGAUAUGGGACACAGCAGGUCAGGAGAAGUUCAAGUGCAUUGCAUCUCUUUACUACCAAGGAGCAGUAGUUAUUAUAACAGUGUUUGAUCUGGCUGAUAUCCAGACUUUGGAUCACAUCAAAUAAUGGCUAGAACAUGCAUUGAGGGAGAAUGAGCCAGAUUCCAGCUUCAUCUUUCCAGUUGGAACAAAAAAAAACAAACAACAAAAACAUUUGGUG